AUGGCUGAUGCACAGUUUGACAGCGCUCUCGAUCUUCUUCGCCGCCUGAAUCCUCGCGACACCAAGGCUAACCUCCAAGCCAUUACAACGAUUGUGCCCGAUCUCACCGAAGAUCUUCUCUCCUCUGUUGAUCAACCUUUGGAGAUCCGCCGAUGCAAAAAGACUAACCGGGACUACCUCCUCUGCGACUACAACCGUGACGGGGACAGCUAUCGCUCACCAUGGAGCAACGAAUUCGACCCUCCACUCGAGGAUGGCACCGUGCCGAGUGAGCGUGUGCGCAAGCUGGAGGUCGCGGCCAACGAUGCCUUUGAUGUUUAUCGGGAGCUCUACUACGAGGGCGGUGUCGGAAGUGUCUACUUUUGGGAUUUGGAUGAUGGAUUUGCGGGAGUUAUCCUCUUGAAAAAGGGGGUGACGCCCGGUUCCCAGAGCUCAGGCGCGUGGGACAGUAUCCACGUCUUCGAGGCCACCGAUCGGGCUCGCAUGUCCCACUACAAACUGACAAGCACCGUCAUCCUCCACUUGGCCAGUGAAAGCCCGGCUCUCGGCGAGAUGGACCUGAGCGGCAACAUGACUCGCCAGGUCGAAGUGGAUCUGCCCGUAGAAUCGGAUGCCAGCCACGUCGCAAAUGUGGGCAGGCUAGUGGAGGAUAUGGAAUUGAAGAUGCGGAACUUGCUACAGGAGGUUUACUUUGGCAAGGCCAAGGACGUCGUUGGCGAGCUUCGGAGUCUCGCACCCCUUUCGGAGACAAAUCGGGACCGCGCAACGCAACUGGAGAUGAUCAAGUCCAUGCAAAAAUAG